AUGUUGGAUGCUGGUUUGAGUGGGUUAGUGGAGUGGGCUGGUAUGGGCUGUUCGGUGGAGAGGAUCGAGGUUGGUGGGCUUGGUCUUGGUUAUAGCGGACUUGGGUUUGUCGAUGAGGUUUGUCAGUGGUUUCGGUGUUGGUCUGUAGCCAUCUGGUCAAUCGGUGGCUUCUGUGGGGCAGUGGGUUUAGGUCUAUGUUUGCUGGUUGGGUUUGGUUUGAUCUGGUUGUUGUUGGUAGGUAGGCUGGUUUAUGGCCUUUGGAUGCUGGAUUCGGGUGCUAAUGGUUAUAUGAUAG